CUAUCUGUUUACUUCCGGGUUAAAAGUUAUGUUGUUUCGCGAUUUGACAAAUUGGCCAAGUCACGGGAUCACAUGAAUAUCGACCGUCCCCUAACUUGUGUUAUCCCUUCCGAUGACGAUCAAAUGGAUUUUAGUCCGCAACCUGAUGUUACAAAUGUGAAAGUAGCGUAUGCCCCUCGAAAUGAGCGUUCUCCCCGUUCUCCGACUAGAGACUCCCGGGCCGGUGAAGGGACCGGUGAAAAUUCCCCACUACUUGCACCGAGAUCACUAGAGUUGGAAUAUGGUGAUUUUGAAAACAACUUCCCAGAUGAUCCAAUAUUCCAGGACAUAGUCAGACAAGCUGAAGACGCUAUAGAAUUUGGUCAUUAUCCUGUGCGUAUUUUCCAGGGAUCCAGUGGAAGCUACUUUGUCAAAGAUAAAAAUAACAAAACCAUAGCUGUAUUCAAACCAAAAGAUGAAGAACCAUAUGGUCAGUUGAAUCCAAAAUGGACAAAAUGGUUACACAAAUUAUGCUGUCCUUGUUGCUUUGGGAGGAGUUGUCUGGUUCCCAAUCAAGGGUAUCUGUCUGAAGCUGGGGCAAGUGUAGUCGACCAGAAAUUACAGUUAAAUGUUGUUCCAACAACAAGGGUUGUAAGAUUAUGCAGUCAGACAUUCAACUAUAAUGCAAUAGACAGAGCUAAAGCAAGUACAAAGAAAAUGAUCAAUAGGAAUUUUUCACAAAUAGGUCGUAGGUUUAAUAGGAUUGGCCUCCCUGCAAAGGCAGGAUCGUUUCAACUAUUUGUAAAUGGUUAUAAAGAUGCAGACUUCUGGUUACGUAGAUUUGAUAAUGAAGCUUUACCAGAAUCAACGGCGAGAAAAUUUCAACAUUUAUUCGAACGAUUAGUAGUCUUAGAUUAUAUCAUUAGAAAUACAGAUAGAGGUAAUGAUAAUUGGUUGAUAAAAUAUGAGCCUGCUUCAGCUAGUUCAGAUAGAAAAGGGGAUACGGAAUGGAGUUUUGUUGAAAAUCCAGACAUUUCUAUAGCAGCCAUUGACAAUGGUCUAGCAUUUCCAUUCAAACAUCCAGACGAAUGGAGGGCAUAUCCAUACCAUUGGGCUUGGUUGCCACAAGCUAAGGUGCCAUUUUCACAGGAAAUCAAGGAUCUUGUAUUACCACAGCUCUCAGAUAUGAACUUUGUCCAGGAACUCUGUGAUGAACUUAAAGAUCUAUUUAAAACUGAUAAAGGUUUUGAUAAUCAUACUUUCAAUAAACAGAUGUCUGUGAUGAGGGGACAGAUUUUGAAUCUUACUCAAGCAUUAAAGGACGACAAAUCUCCGGUUCAACUAGUGCAAAUGCCUGUAGUUACUGUAGAACGUAACAAAAAAGAACGGACAGAUAGUCAUUCAUACACUCAAAGUUUCCAGCAUAGAACUCCAUUCUUUUCAUGGUGCUAACUUAGGGUAUAUCUUGUACAAUAAUGUUUGAUAUGCUGUUAGUUUUGAGAAGGAUUGCUUGAAAAAUGUACAUGUGUAUGGAGCUUCAUUGAAACAAAAUAAAAGCUUCAUUUUUUCAAAUCAUCAGAAAAAAUAAUGCAGCAAUAGAAUGUUUAUGAAAGUUGUGUUUUGAGAAAUGAAAAGACAAUGAUAAAAUAUGUUGAAAAGCAUGUUUGGGAACAGUGAGUGGAAGAGAUUUUUAAAAAAAUAAGUGAGUGUAAAAGCAUUUUUUGGGAAAAUGAAUUUUAUAACAUCUUUAGGAAAAUUACUGGAAUUGUAUCUUUUGCAAAUAAAAAAAAGAAAAAAUGAGUGUAAUUGCUGCAUCUUUUGGGAAAAUGAAUGUUAUGACAUUUCUAGGAAAAAGGAGUGGUGUGUCGUCUUUGAAAUUUUUUGAAGUCAUAGAGAAAAAUGGGUCGUUCAUACAUGUGGUUUAUAAGUUAGUGUUAAAAGGCAUAAUUUUUGGAAUAAUUAGUGUUUAAUACAGGGAUAAAAAACAUUUUUGAGAAAAACUAUGUAGAAGGUAUCACAUUUGAAGAUAAUAUUUGAAAAAUCAUGGAAAUAUUAGUGUGGAACACCAUAGAGAAAUCAAUGACAUCAUAUUAUCAAGGAGAAACAUUUCUGUAACUGACAGAAAGAAUUUUGUCUGGUGCAGGAAGAGAGAGAAAAAGUUUUGAGCUAUUAUACAAUUACUGACCUUGGUACAAGAACACCUGAUUAUGACUUUAUAAAUGUAAUAAAUGUAGAACAUUAGAAUCAUUGCUUAGUAGACUGAACAUUUUGUAAUUUGAAGUUUGUUGUUGACCUAAGAAAAGCAGUGGAUUACUUGUAUGUACAAAAUAUUCUUAAAUUUGGUUGUAUAAAUAAAGUCUAAGGGAGACCACUCAUUGUUGACUUACUACAAUUAAAUUAUUUAUGUGUGAGUGAAUGUGUUAUUUAUUGUUAUAUGUUUAAAUAAUGCUCAGUGUACAUGUAACAUGGUACUUAAAGUCUUGGCUUACUGUUUAAUUACCAUUUGUAGCUAAUUUCAAAUAUGUUUUUAGCAAUACUGAUUUUAAUUUUCAAUUUGAAAAUAGAGGCCAGUGAUUUGAUUCAUUUCUAUAUUGAGUUUGAAUUGCAGUGUUAAGUUUUUAUUAUAAUAUUAAACACUAAAGGGAAUAAGAAAAAAAAACACAUAAUGGGGAAAUAAGAAAAUUAGAAAAAAAUUCUGAGUAAAAAAAGGAAAAUAAAUGCAAAUGGCAAUACAAUAAAGAAACAAAUACUGGGUGAAUAAAAAAAAUUAAAAAAAAGGUCUGAGUAAAGAAAAGGGGGAAAAAUGCAGAUGGAAUAUGAUAAAAAAAAAACAAAUACUAAGGGAAUGAGAUUAAUAGACAAAUACUUAAGGGAAUGAGAUUAAUAGACAUAUACUUAGGGAAUAAGAUAAAGAAACAAAAAUCAAGGGAAUAAGAAAAAAAACAAGGGAAUAAAAGCAUCAAGGGGAAUCCAUUGGAGUCACCAAAAUUUUAUGUUUUUCUUGAAAUUAAAAAGUGUUGAUUUUUCAUUCCAUAUUAUACAAUGUAUGCUUGCUGUUAGAAUGAUAAUGCUGAACUUUGUAUCUACAAAUUAUUUGUUAAUACCUCAUAAUUUAAAAUCUGUUUUUCUUUAUUUGUGUAUAUAAAUUAUAUUAUGUGCUAAGAGAUGCCUGUUUCAACUCUAUAAUAUUUUUCUUAUCUUCACCUACUGGAGUGAUAGUGAUACGCCUUUGUCACCAGUAUAGAGCCAGGCCAGCCUGCAAAAUCCUUCGUCUGCACACCUGUACAGUCUGACCAUGCUCUAUAUUGUUGGUAUGUUCAAAUUUUGUAUUUUGAAAUAUCUUAAUUUUGUAAUGGACGGUUAUCAAAUUUAAGUUAAGGACCUCAGCUGAGGUCAUAAAGCCUAAAAACAUAAAAUUUGGAAUUCUUGGAUAGAUGAAGUGAAGCACUUAAAAUUGACAAAAUACACCCGGAAUUGAAUUAAAUAUCAACUUUUUUAGCGAUUCUUAGCACAAUUUGAGUACACAGAUUUUAAAAAAUAUUUCCAGUUCUGUCAUGUCAAAAACCCUCAGUGGAGUCCCUUUAAAGCAGUUCAAAUCCAUAAUAUAACACAAAUUUAGCAGGUUAAAGAUAACUUGAGAACAAUCUGCAUUUUAUUUUCUUUAAUGGUAUGAAAUAUAUGUUACUGGUAUUAUAUGCUUAAAGGAACUCCACUAAGGUCCAAAAGCCUAAAAACAUAAAAUUUGAAUUUCAUACAUGCACCAGCAUGCACUUAAAACAGAAAAAUAUUUUUAAAAAUGAUGAAUGGUUUUAUCCAGAUUGAAAGAUGGACAAGUCCAUUUACAAUAUUUAGUGUGGUAAAGGUUAAAUCUAGUGGUGGUAAAGGGUUACUUAUUCCAUUAGUAUAGAAUCAGUCCAGUCAGCCACAAUUGUGCUAUCUGACCAGGCUUUGUAUUGUAAGCAGAGUGAGAGAAAGGCCUGUUUUUUAUGCCAUGAAUGUUAUAUGCUGUACAAAAUAUGUCGGGGUUUGGACAGUGUUACAUAUGUAAUACUAAAUGAGGUUGAGACUGGGGCGUGUAGGGGUGGGUCACUUGAAACUUGAAAUGAUAAUACCAUUAUCCAAAGACAGAAACAAUUAUCUAGUCUUUUAUUGCAUACCAUUUAUUGAAUAAGUCCCGAACACCAUAAUUAUUAAACAUUUUUCGUGCAAUAACGUUUUUCUCAUAAAUUUUGGUAAAACUGCUGUUCUGUAUACAUGAAUAUCUCUAUUCAGUUAUAACAGUGUCAUAUAAAUACAAGUAUGUGCAUAGAUGAGUGAUCUGAAGAGUUGACUGUACAUGAUUAUCAGUGGGUGUUUUUGUUGUUGUUGUUUUUUCAUCCUUAGAGAGAAUGGGUCUAGAUCUGCCAAAUUGGACGCUUUUAAUACAUUGUUAAUAAAAAAUAAUGGCAAGUUGGGAGAAUAACCAAAUUUUGAAUUUUUUAUUGUCAUAAGGAUUUUUUUUUCUUGGACAUCAUUUUUUGGACAAUCACAUUUUUAUGAUUGGGGUAACUGAUUGAUAGAUCCCAACUCUGACCGUUUAUUUGAAUAACAAAAGAUUCAAUUACAAACAUUGACAUGUACUCUUUGGUUAACAAAUAUAGUGGGGUGAAAUUUUUAUUAUAAUCCACAAAUCUGAUAAAUUAGAAUUAGACAGGUUAUGGAUCUAUGACAAGAUAAUGUACAUAUUGACAUAUUCAUACACAAUAACUCAACAUGAUCUCUUCAGUCUUUUUUGUACUACAUGUAUUGCAGCUUAUCUUCAAUUGAUUAUUGUCAUAUUUUGAUGUGUUUGUGGCCUAGCAUUAACAGAUCAUGCACAUUGGUAUUAUUUCCCAGUUUGUUUUAUUGUUAUCAGACAUAUUUUCUCUUGGCUGUAACAUUGUUCUAUAAGCUAGAACCUUCAUACAUGAUAACUGCCACUUUCACAGUGGUAACAAUAUAAUAAUUGCCUCUUUUACUGUGGUAACAACAUGAUAAUUGCUGCUUUUAUUGUGGUAACAGCAUGUUAACUGCCACUUUUAUUGUGGUAACAACAUGAUAACUGCCACUUUUACUGUGGUAACUUUAUUUUUUACAUACAAUGUACAUAUACCUGUAUGAUAAUUUGGUACUAACUCAUAGAAUGACCUUGACCUUCAAUGACAAAUUUAAAAGUUCUGAUAUGUUUCCUUACAUCUGGGUAACUUUUGAACAGAUUUGGGACUGAGGAACUUGUGGGAUUUUUUUAUUCCUAAAUCUGGAAAUUUAUAGGUUCUCAUAUAUUAAUACCUUAUUUAUAACGUUAUGAAAUACCAAAUAACGAAAGAAAAUAAAUAAUUCAAGUAGAGAUAAUAAUUUAUGUAAAUGUUUUAAGUGUACAUUAUAUAAAGUUAAUACAAUGUUAUGUUUAUAUAUCAUGUAAAGUGUAUACUUAAUGUAAGGCAAUAAAGAACAAACAAGAAAAGACAUGUUCAAGUUAAAAGACACUUUCAGAGGGUUUUUUCUUUAACCAAAUAAGUUUUCUUAUUUACUUUGUACAGUUAAAUUCAUUUUUUUUAUCAUAAAAAAUUUGUUUGUAGGUUUCGGGGAACAAUUUUUUCUUGUUAUUUUGUUUGCAUUGAUCAGUUCUUAUCUUGUAUAAAGGAGUAUUAUAAAGAUUUUUUUUGCUUGUUUAUAUUUGUGAUUUAUUUCUGUGUGAUAUUUAACUUCACAUGUCUACAUGUGAAGAUGAUGAGUAACUGGGGAAUUUAAACAAUAAGUAAGUAUUGCUUAUAGUAUGUAUAUAAUAAACAGGUACAACUGUACUGAGAGCGUGAACUGUAAAUAUCAGUAAACUGUAAAGCUCGCCAUUUUCCUACAAAACUUCAUUGUUUAAUAACUCAUUAUAUCAGUUGUCAUCAUUGGUUAGUAAUAACUUAAAUUAUUUACUUCAUUUAGAAUUAAAUAACAUGUUGUCGUAUCUUGACUUUCCAGUUUUUUUUCCUGGUUAAGGAAUAUAUCAAAGUGUACCAUUACAUAAUAUUUCAGACAUCUUAUGACAUUUGUUAAGCUUGCCUUUUAAGGUCCCGAUACAGGGUAACUUACAUGUGUUGACUUUCUAUAAGAAUGUCUAAUCCAAGGGUCAAAGGUACAAUCUAAGUUCUGGCUGAUGCCUGUUAUUGUGAAAGGAUGUUUUAUCAUAGAAAGUUACAAUAUGAACAUAUAUAUAUUGAUUUGAAAAAAUGAAGGUGCAUUUCAACAGAAUACUACCGGUAAUCUGUUAUUAAAAACUAUAUUUAUUAGAAGGGAUAGGAAUUUACCAAUGUUAUGUUAGUGGGCAAGUGGUUUAUAAAUGAGUUCAUGUCAAAACAAAAUACUGUUAAACCUGUGUUGAAGACCACCUCCAAAUAAAGAUCACCCUGUACAUAAAGGCCACUCUUCAUCAGCCCUUCUUUCAUUAAAUGGAACAGAGCAACCUCCAUAUAAAGACCACUUGUCUUUAAAGGUCAGUUUUGGUCUUUCCUUUGGAUGGCAUAUGUUCACAGGUUUUACUGUUAUGAAUUGUAAAUUUUAUAUAUAUAUACAUGUAAGUCUAUUGAUGUAUGUAUCAUUAGGACAGCAUUUUGUGAAUAAUCCAUUAGUUAUACAAUCAUUGAACUUUGUUAGAAAUCUCCAAAUUAUCGUCUAUUGAAGGUAUAGUAAUUCAUGGGAGAUUGCUUCUCUAGAAAUAAAAUAUGAAGAGAAUAGUUCUAAUGAUUUGCAGAUGAGAAAUUAUGGUGUGUGUUUUAGAAAACGCAUAUCAAUUUCAAUUUACUGUAUGAGCCGUGUCAUGACAAAACCAACAUAAUGGGUUUGCGACCAGCAUGGAUCCAGACCAGUCUGAGCAUCCGCGCAGUCUGAGCAGGAUCCAUGCUGAUUGCUUACAAACCCUAUAACAAGAAGAGAAACUGAAAGCGAACAGCAUGGAUCCUGAUCAGACUGCGCGGAUGCGUAGGCUGGUCUGGAUCCAUGCUGGUCGAAAACCCAUUAAGUUGGUUUUGUCAUGACGCGGCUUGUAUGUUCUGUGAAUAACCUUUAGCCUGCUUGCAGUAACACAUUCUACCCAUGUGACCAGUGCCGACCAACAUCAGUCCCCACAUCACAUCUGUGUUGUCUGAUCAUGGUUUGCACUGGCCAUUCAGUUAGUAUUUUAAUCUUAUUUUGAAUAUUGCCUAAAAGGGAUGAAUGGUUUUGUCUGAAUUGAAAGAUGGAUAAGUCCAUUUAAAAUAUUUAGUGUGGUGUGGGUUAAAACAGUGAUGAUUGCUUGCUCAAUAGACUUCAAUAGGAGAGCUAGAAGUUGUGUUAAAAUUUGGUAAAUUCAGACUUUUUAUAACAUAGAUCAUAGAUGUGCCAUUUUUCUGUUUGACACUUUCUUACCGGAAAGUUGGCUUCAUUUUAGUGUAUUUUCUGAAAACUAGUAUCUUUGGAAGUUUGAAAUCAUAUACAUUUACAUGUUUAUGUUUUCAGAUGCUUAAUUAAUUUACUUCCCAUUCAGUUAUACAAAUGAAGAAGACAAUUACCGGUUUCAAAUUCUGAAAUCUGAUUGGUGGAUUUUCAGCACACAUAUUUCAAAUUAACCAAUAGAAUAUCUUCAUUUUCAGAUUUGUUUUAAAUAUAUAGUUGACAGAGUUGGUUAGUUCUGAAACUACAUGAAACAAAAAGCUGAUAGUUAGCAUAAUAAUUAUGUAUAUGUUAGUUUCUGUUUAUUUGCUGAACAUAAAAUUAUGUGCAUAUAUGAUUUAAUGUAUUCUUGAUAAACUGAGUGUACAGGAAUUGUGUAAUGUUUUCUGAUUAUAUAUCAUUAAUUCCAUUAGGAAAAAUAUUUGAUUAAAAAACUUGUCACUUUU